AUGAAAACUCCACUUAGUCAAACGACUGGUUUCUUUGCCGAAUACUAUUUGAAAUUAAAGGAGACAGCAGGAUCGAGUUGUGAAUCAGAUAUAACCAAGCUAUCCAAAUGCCAAAGUGAUGACGAACGCGUGGCCUAUGUGGAUCAAUUGGAAUGGGUGCAGAAAGGUGAUGCCGAUUUGCAGGUUGCCCAAGAAUUCCACAAUAAAGAUGAGAAACUGGCAGCUGAGAUCAAGGAAAGAGCCACUGCAGCCUUUAAGGCCAAGAAAUGGUUGGAAGCCAUGCUCCUCUAUACCAGGAACUAUAUUACCUUGCCCAGUGAUAAGGUGCCCGAAGUACGGAUAGCUCUGGCCAAUCGUUCAGCAACUCUAUAUCAUCUGCAGAAAUAUAAAGAGUGCCUAUUGGAUAUUCAACGUUCAAUUGAUCUUGGCUAUCCCAAGGAUUUGAUUUACAAACUCUAUGAACGUCAGGCUCGUUGCCAUAUGGCUCUCAAGGACUAUCCACACACCAUUGAGUCUUUCAAGAAAUGCAUUACAGCCAUGGAUGAUUCCACCUUAAGCUCUGAUAAGCGAGCUAAACUCAAUCUGGAUGCCAUGACCAUGAUUAAAAUGCUGCAGCAUGACCCACGCACAGCCAAACAGGAUGCCAAGCAAAAGAAAUUGGCAACUUCAUCUGCAUCUUCUACUGCUCUGCAGGAGGAAAAGGAAUUCCUUAGUGAUCUAGUGCGUAUCGAUCAAAACAAACAAGAAGGUCGCUUUGCUCGAGCAGCUGCCGAUGUGAAAAUUGGACAGGAAUUACUUGUGGAGCGACCCUAUGUGGCUGUCUUAUUGGAGAAAUAUGCCAAGACCCAUUGCGAGGCUUGUUUUAUGCGCACUGUGGUUCCAGUGGCCUGUCCCCGUUGUGCCGAUGUAGUCUAUUGCUCUGAGAAAUGCCAACAAUUGGCAGCAAAUAAAUAUCAUAAAUAUGAAUGUGGCAUUUUGCCAUCAAUUUGGCGUUCGGGAGCAUCGAUCAACAAUCAUAUUGCUCUGCGUAUAUUUGCCAGUAAACCAUGGAGUUACUUUAAGGACUUGAAACCUUUGAUCGAUGUGGAAUUGCCAGUGGAGAAAUUAAUAAGUCUGCCCAAAGAUGAUUUUCGUCGCGUGGCCCAGUUGGAAAGGCAUCAAACAGAGCGACAGCCCUCAAAUUUCUUUCAGCACGUGCUGAUGGCUCGCUUUUUGGCCAAGUGUCUCAGGGCGUCCAAUUAUUUGGGCAGCGAAGAACCUCAGAAGGAAGAUGUCCAGGCUCUUACUUCACUUAUUCUGCGCAGUCUACAGUUUAUUCAAUUCAAUACCCACGAAGUGGCCGAACUACAUAAAUUCAGUUCGUCAAAGAGUGAGAAAUCCAUAUUCAUUGGCGGAGCCAUUUAUCCAACUUUGGCCCUCUUCAAUCACUCGUGUGAUCCGGGCGUAGUGCGUUAUUUCCGUGGCUCCACCAUACACAUCAAUAGUGUGCGUCCCAUUGAGGCGGGAUUGCCCAUCAAUGAGAACUAUGGUCCCAUUUAUACGCAGGACAAGCGCGAGGAACGUCAAUCGAGGCUAAAGGAGCUCUAUUGGUUCGAAUGCUGUUGCGAUGCCUGUCUCGAGAAUUGGCCACUCUUCGAGGAUUUGCCACGGGAUGUUAUACGUUUCCGUUGCGAGGCUCCGAACAAUUGUGCCGCAGUGAUUGAAGUGCCACCAACUUGCAAUGAUUUUAUGGUGAAAUGUGUGACUUGCGGUGAGAAUACAAAUAUCCUAAAGGGACUCAAGGUUAUGCAGGACACGGAAAUGAUGACACGGACAGGCAAACGUCUAUACGAGUCUGGUGACUACUCCAAGGCAUUGUAUAAGUUUAUCGAUCUAUUGAGGAUCAUGUAUGAAGUGUUAGCACCACCUUUCCCCGAUUUCUGUGAAAGUCAACAGCAUUUAAAGGAUUGCUUCUUAAAUUUGGGCAAUGUCUACAAUUUGGAUUAAUCACUGAUUGAUAUUUAUUUUUGUAACAAUACAUAUAUGUAUGUUUAUUGGAUUUAAAAGUUACUUGGAUAAGAAUAAAUGCUCGGCAUCUGA